GGCGCUUAAUUAAUUUUAUCCUUGUUUGUGGUUAUGGUCACAGUGCGUUUUGGACCACGAAGAAGGCGAACGAAGAAUAUUUGCAAAGACUGUGAAGCUUGGAAAGCAGAACUUGGUAUUGAUGAAGUUACGAAUUCUCAAAGACUUUCCAAAGUGGACGAGACUAAACAAAAACAAGCUACUACGACGCCCGCACACCUGAAGCAUACAACAGUAUGAACUAAUCUACAACAUGCUAAUCUGGCUGUUAGAAAUGAGAACACUUCGUAAACUUAUCUUUCUGGUCUUUGUGAAAACAAUGGUUCGUUGCACCAUCAGUGGUUGGUACACCUCGAAGUUAUAUCCUUUCGGUAAAGAAGCUGGCGACUCACCUUUGCCUGUGGAAGAUGAUGUGAGCUCAGACGCAAUUUCAACACCGCCGUUUCAUUUCUUCGAACUGAAGGUCGAAUCGUUUUACAUACAUGAAAAUGGACUCAUCUCGUUUGGUUCUUCGUUGAAAUCCCAAGAGCCAUCAUCUUUUCCGCUUAACAGCCACACGUACGUAGCCGCACCAUAUUGGGCCGAUGUAUAUACAAUAAGAGGAGGUAGGGUCUGGUAUCGAGUUACUACCGAACAAGCGAUCAUUUCUAGGGCAGCGAGAGACGUCAUCCGCGCAUUUCCACGCGACACAAAAUUUGUGGCAAACUGGGUUGCCAUCGUUACAUGGAAUGAAGUCUCAUUCUAUGGAGCCAGUGGUAUAUACACAAAGAAUACAAACACAUUCCAAGUUGUCAUAGCAGGUGGAGAGCAUAUGACAUUUGUCUCAUACAUCUACGAUAACCUUUCUUGGACAACUGGAACCUUGCAUGGAGGGAACAAUCGAGGUUUGGGAGGCAAAGCAGCAAAGGUUGGCUUUAGCUUCGGAUCCUCAUACCAAAAUGUACCAUUCUCCGGGUCAAAAGAACUUUUGAGUCUAGUAAACAGAACUAACUGUGGUCAGCCGGGUGUUUGGCUGUUCAAAGUUGAUACCGAAAAAGAUAUGAACGAAAAAAGAUGCGAAACCUCAGGCACAGUAUCCAUUCAUUCGGCCGGUGGAAAGCUAAACAGUGGCUCCAACAUCCUCAUCACUGGACUGUGCUAUUGGCCCGGUAUUGAGUUGCGGUGCGAAUUUGGCGAUAUCGGUGUAGCCAAAGGAUACAAAGUCAACGAAACGAAAGCCAUUUGUACCGUUCCUUUGUUACCUACGAGAAAACAUCAAUCCGUCUUUUACAUCUACCCGAAUGAAAAUGAUGAUUUAAAGUUCGCGCAAGAAUUUGACCUGGAACCUGGUUUUCUUGACGAUACCGCUGUGCAGAGAAAGGCUCCAGAUACAUGGACCACAGGGAACCGAGUAAACAUCACCUGGAAUGUCUCAGACCUGGCAGCUGACUUGCCAGUGACAAUAGAGAUUAUAAAUCUAUCAUACAAUCAAAGUGGUAGAGAAUUUCAUAAUUAUACUACAGUCGUGUUUAGCCAGCCGAACACGGGGAAAGCUGAGUUUGAUCUGCCCCUUAUGGAAAAUUUGAGAAAGAACCCAAAUAUACCAGAAACGUUGCAGAUGGUUCGGGUUCGAAGCUUGGUUGGAAACAGUUACAACAAGUUCGUGGCAAGGGAGUGGAUCGGAAGUGAACUCUUCCUGCUAACAAAUCAGACUGCGGCCAACGGAAGCUGCUCAAGUUGGCUACAAAAUCAAACGCAUUCUCUCAUGACAACAAGUAAUAACCACUUAACACCCUGCCCCAAGACUCGACGACAGAUGAACGCAGACAUUGGAAUUUUCAGGGAACACGACUUGUGCGAUACAAAUAUCUUGCCUCUUUGUAAAUUCUACUAUAGAAAGGUCGAAACAUGCUACAAAACAACAGUUACGAGCGAUCGAGGAAUAACGCGAGCAUGUUGCUAUGACAAGGAAGGAGAAUUGACUGCAGGGCCACCUGGCGAGUUCGUAAAUCAAAACAAACACGCUGUCACGAGCGGAUCAAUAUUCCCUUCCAUAUGGGACAAAAUCAUUCCUUAUCUGCAGUGCUGUAUGUUUUCUAACAAUUGCUUUAAAUAUCAAGAGCUGACGACAUCUGAAACGCGAUAUCUCCCUCCUAACAUUGGAGCAGCAUUCGGUGAUCCCCAUAUUCAAACUUUAGAUGGUGUGGAAUAUACGUUUAAUGGUUUUGGCGAGUAUACAGUCCUCAACGUCGACAAUACACGGUUUCUUCUCCAAGGGAGAAUGCAACCUUUGAAAGGUGAGAAAAGUGGAGAAGCACCUGCGACAGUUUUCACUGCGUUCGCCAUGAAAGAGCAAAAAAGUAGCCUUAUUCAGAUGCAACUAAAUGAACGGCAAACAAUAGACAUUCUUGUCGACAGAAAGUUGGUCAUUUUUGAUCACGAACUACAAUCUAGAGGAGUGCUUGUUAAGAACAGCCUUCGUGAAAACAAUCCAAGAGUAAUUGCUGCCUUUACUUCAGGGAUUACUGUAUAUGUUGAAAAUGCCGCACCAGUUUUGCAGAUGGCUGUAGUUGUCCCUGUAAAGUUCAAAGGAAAAACAAGCGGUCUUCUCGGCUAUUGGGACGACAAUAGUGAUAAGGAGUAUCUUCUACCAAACAACGAAGUCCUCAGCACCGCGUCAACCAUGUCCGAGUUACACUACAAGUUUGGUCAGCAAUGGGUGACGAAAGAGAUCGAUUCUCUGUUCAUGUACGGCCCAGAAGAGGCUCAUAGGGACUUUUUUUAUCCUUCUUAUAUCCCAACGUUUAUGGAAGGAUAUUAUCCAAUAACAUCCAAGAUGAAAAGUGGCAUGAAAAAGAGGGCGCUCAAGACGUGCGACCACUCAUUUCAAUGCAUAUUUGACAUCGCAAUAACAGGGAGAUUUGGAAUCGGCCAGGCUACCAAGGAGUUCCAAGAAUGGUUAAUGGGCAUGAAAAGGGAUUUACAUGAUGAAGGAUGUAACGUUGUAUUGAGCCUUGAUCGUGGGUUUGUACGAAGGGACGUCUCAGGAGAUCAAGUAACGCAUCAUUUUACUUGUAACAAUGGUUACACAAUGGUUGGAAAAGACAAAAUGUCUUGCCGUGGAGGGGUCUGGGAUGGAUCAAAACCAACCUGCAUAAAAGCUUCGAAAGGGUGCGAGCAGUUUUCGACAUCAUUUAAAAACGGGCACUUCACUGGUCAAGGUAACAAAGCAGGCGAUCGAUACAAAUUCCAGUGCGACUCAUCAUACACGCUCGUAGGUAAAAAUGAAAUUGUCUGCGAGAAUGGGGAAUGGAGCGGAGAAGUUCCUUCUUGCAAAGCUAAGUGCUCUCAAAUAAAAUUAAACAAUUCUCAAGUUACAGUCGGGAACGGAGGCCAACUUAUCAUCCAAUGCAACCCGGGAUAUACUUUGUCCGGAUCCAGAGUAAUAAGCUGUCUGAAUGGAAUACUGAAUGGAACACUGCCUUCUUGCACAAAAGGGUACAAUUUUACAGCUCCGAUCCUGAAAGCCUCCGAAAAGAAGAAAAAUUCCAUGAUUGUCAUCGUAAUUGGAGUGUUAGUCCUCUUCAUAGCCAUUCUUGUAAUCAUGUUGACGAUUUACUUGGUCAGAAAACAUCACAGGAGGAAGGACACCCAAGUGCAAAAAAAGCCGGACGAGGACGAUAACGAGUGCGUGGCAGUGUGAGAAUAAGGAAAGUCAAAUAAUCAGCACGAACUUAAUUCAACAUAUUUUGCUCCUGAUUUCAGGUUGAAACCAAAGGAAAUUCACAAUUCUACGGCCCUCAAGUUCAUACUACUUGCGUUUGAGUAAAAUCAUUCUUAUCCUCACUCUGCAAAGCCGUCGAAUGACGGGUAAAAAAUUGCCCGAGAAAUUUCCCUCAUGCCAGUCAAAUACUAAUGCGUUCUCUCAGAACAACAAAUAGAAUAUCAGGAGAGCAUGAAACUGUGAUGGUAUUUGAGAUAAGUUAAGCUGCUGCAACCUCAUAAAACAAUUUAUAAUUAUGGCUGUAAUGAAACUGCAAUCUCACUAAGAUGACAGAGUAAGGUUGCUUUAUUCACUCAGACGCCUCCGCGCUGUCGUAUUCACGUGUAUUGACGUUUACAUUGUUGGAACUUUCUUGGAGGAACUACUUAGGUGUGGGUACUUCCAUUAAAAUAAACACAGCUCGUUCGAAGAAAAGAAAUAGACAGCGUACAAAUGAUCGACACGGAUAUUAAUCGCUUAUGCAAAGUGUAUUUCUUAGACGUCCUUUUAUAGAAAGUUUUCAAUCGAGAAUUUAUAGUUCAGCAAAAUAUGUUAGGCCAGUUUUAAUUGAAUGAUAUUAUAAGAUAUAUAAAUUAUGGCGACAAACAAAAAUACAUGCAUGAAACAUCGUUCUUAAGAUUCCCCCGAAAUUAUAAUUGCUCAAAUAUCCCGCUCUGAAUGCCAGUUUUAUUUCAGUUUUUCCAAAUAUUUAAGAUAGCUGACAAUCAAAGAAUAUUCACAAGACUUCAUAUAAUAAUCUU